UACGUUAUUAACACUUCUUGACCAUAGUAAGGCAUUUGACUCCGUGAACCAUAACAUACUCUGCACAAAAUUGACGAACUUAUUCAAUUUCUCAUACACUGCAGUCAACUUUGUCAAGUCUUAUCUUACAAAUCGAUUGCAAGCAGUAGUCUCAGGUACGAAAGUUUCCACUUUUAUGGAACUCACGCGGGGAGUCCCUCAGGGAUCUGUGUUAGGCCCUUUAUUGUUUUCAAUAUAUGUUAAUGAUCUACCUAGUGUCUUAUCAGAAUGUGAAGUACAUCUAUGGUCGGUUACGCCAAUUGUCAGCGUCUAAAAAAUUUUUGCCAGAAGAAAUAAGACUUCUGAUUUCAAAAGUCAUUCUCAUCCCCACUCUAUUUUAUGGUGUUAAAAUAUUUGGACAUGUUGGCGCUCGUUAUAUGCGCAGAUUAGUAGUAGCCUUUAAUUCAAUUGCCAAAUAUGUAUUUAUUUUAAUACGUUUCGCGCCGUCAGCCAUUCGGGUAAUAGAGGGGGACUAACAGAUGAAGGGCCGUCUCGCCAUAACUGGACCCUUGGACUAGGGGUAUGUGCGUUUUGGGUCACACCGCCGUAACUGUACACACCAGUGGAAGUGCGACUAAACUAUUCUCGUGGGGGCGGCUGGAAACAGGUCCUGGUACGGUCAAGUCUCUGCCACGGAUGCUGACUAAUUUUAGUCGCGCGGAGAGAAGAAAACUCUUGUAGUGAAAUUACCCCAAUCCACGGUGAAACAGGAUAUGCUAAUGGAUGCGUGGACGAGGCGGAGCUCUGUGCUGCAUAUGCGAACUCUGGAUACCUGCCGACCUCCAGCUUAAAUUGGGCUUCCCGGGGCAAGCGGGCUAUGCCUCGGGGGACCAUACUCGUGGGAACAACAUGCCAAACUCAAAAAUAAACUACCAAAAACAAGCCGCAAAGGAGCUCGGUACUCCUCCUAAAGUACCAAAAGGGACAAGCCAAUCCCUCUACAUCAACGCCUGGGAAACCAGGUCCUAUGAAGACGGGGAAGGAGACUCAGUCGGUCCGCCGUCUUCUAGCAGCUACCGAUGCGAGGAGGGUUCCGAUAAGACAAUCGGGCCCAUCCACGUCGGGUGGCACCGGGGGCUACCGGAAGGUGACCAUAGCCCCCUACAAAUGCGACUCUAAGGGCAUGCAAGCAGAGAUCCAGCCAGAUCUCGAUCUGCCAGUGGUCCUAGAAGUGGAAAGCCAAACCGCGGCGUCGGACGACAUCUUGGACCGCUACGAGUCUGAUGCAAGCGACCUAGUCAGGGGUCUAAGACGGAUCGAUGUCGGAGAGGACACGGAGUCCACCGAGAGCGAUGCUGACGACACAAUGGUGGAGGUGAGUCUCAGAAAUGUCCCUGACACUCCUGCAGAUAAACCUCCAUCAUUGUAAGGCAGCAUGCGCUCCGCCUAGCCAAGUUUUGAGCCGACAUAGUCCUCAUUUAAGAGCCCUGGACCCUCGGAAACAGGAUUUCCGGUCUGAAGACUCAAGACUAUAAGCUAUGUGUAGCUAACACCACAGAUAAAAUCCGCACCUGCAUUCUUGCAAAAAGAGAGUUACACUUAUUUUUUCUGACAAAUUUCAGCGAUGAUGAUCACACAGCGGUGAGCCUCGAAGGCCAGGAGAGCUCACUGAGGAUGUGCUCCACAUACAUGGGUCACGACCAACCUGACCCCACUCCACACGCGCCCCUAAGGGCUCUCAUCGCAGACUGCGAGGCCAAUGACAUCGGCCUAAUUGUGGGAUGCGACGCCAACGCACACCACAGUCAGUGGGGAAGCACUGACACCAAUGAACGGGGUUUCUUUUAUAAAUUGUGCAAAGCCGUCGACCUAUUCAGGGCCGGAUCAACCUUCA